UUUCAGUAUGGAUAUGCUCCGAAAGGAUCGUCGCUAAUCCUUUAUCGAAACAAAAAAUACCGACACUAUCAGUAUAGUAUAACGACAGAUUGGCCUGGUGGCAUAUAUGGAAGUCCAACAAUUAGUGGUUCUCGAGCAGGAGGCAUUAUAGCUACUUGUUGGGCAACAUUACUGUAUUAUGGAUUUGAUGAAUAUGUGGAAUCGACUAAAAAGAUAAUUGAAACUACAAGAUAUAUCGAACGAAAGUUGAGGGAGAUGGAUGGCAUUUUCAUAUUUGGCACACCAGCCACAUCCGUUAUUGCAAUCGGUUCCAAUGAUUUUCACAUCUAUAGACUAUCGGAAGCUCUUAGCAAUAAAGGUUGGAGUUUGAACCCACUACAAUUUCCUUGCGGUAUACACAUAUGCGUUACACAUGUGCAUACCGAGCCAGGAGUAGCGGAUCAAUUUUUGGAGGAUGUUAAUACGGAACUGGAAAUAAUUAUGGAAGAUCGAAAUGUUCCAGUGAAGGGGAAGCUUGCAAUGUAUGGAAUGAGCCAAAGUAUCCCUGACCGAAGUGUGGUUGGCGAAAUUACAAAAUCCUUUUUGGAUUCCAUGUAUUACACUGAGUGAAAUAAAACACAUAAUAGUUCCAUAAAAAACAUUAACAACUUUGAUAUAUUAUAAUGAAAAUAUAAAAUGCAUACAUUUUCUAUGCGACUGAAUAUGAAAAGCUC